AAGACUACAGCCUGAGCUAGGAAAAGCCACUCGUCUUCCGCGUUUGGCAGCAUGGGUUCCUCCAGCGUGGACUGGAAGCGCCUCAAUUCCCCCUUUCCCCCUCCCCCCCGCUCACUUCCCGCCUUCUCCCCUUCCCUUCACUUCAACGAGCAGGAUGUAGGGGACAUUGAGCUGCCCAUUGGCCAGCACUUCGUGCUUAAUUGGGAGACUGCGUGUGGGGGUCGUCUGAGUGUGCGCCAUGAAGAUGACCCCACCAAGCUGCAGUGGGCCACCCCCCCUGGCCGUGGCUUUGUCGUUGCGGCGCAAGGCGAAGCCCUGGUUGAAGAGUCCCGCGGCUCAUUCGCCAUCCACGACACUGCCGCGCUGCUCCUCCCACAUCAGGUGGUCACCCAUGUGCGCCGCACACCGGACGGGGGGGCGGAGGUUCACGGCGUGCUGUGCAGUGACUGGGCCGCUGCGCACGCGAUCGUGGCGGGCCAGCGCAGCGGGGUGGGCGGGGGGCGCGGCUGUCCUCGGUGGCGCUGCUGGGCCGGCAGGGCCUGGUGGCGGCCCCCCCGCCAACUGGUGGCCCCCUACUGGCUCACAUUCCAAGAGACCGGCACUCACCGUCUUACCUUCCACCUGCGUGUGGCCCCUCCCUCGCUGCUGCCCCCUGGUCCUUCGGCUUUCCCCCAUAUAGCCACUCUGCCACAUUGCUCCUCCGAUGGCCGUGCCCCGCUCUCACCUGGCCCCCCUGCGUGGGCCCCGUUCGCUUGGCUCAGGAGUUACUGGCAGAGCUCUGCCUCCGUGCGCCCAUCGGACCCCCUAGAGCCCCUUCUCAGCAAUUCUCCCCCCACCCCCCAGCAUCCCCCCCUGAAUCGGGUUGGCCUCAUUUACAGUAGUAAUGCCGCGGAGCGCUUCUUUGGGUUUGGAGAGCAGUUUUCGUUCUUUGACUGCAAGGGGCGGCGCGUGAGCGUGCUGGUCCAGGAGCAGGGCCUCGGCCGCGGGGACCAGCCCAUCACAGCGGCCGCCAACUUUGCGUCGCACCGCAGCGGGGGGACCCCCGACUCCACGUACGCGCCCGUGCCGUUCUACCUGACCAGCCAGAUGCGCUGCCUGUUCCUGGACAAUUACGAGCCCGCGCUGUUCGACCUAACUGCCCCCGACCGGGUGGCCGUGCACGUGCACGCAGCAGACAUGCGCGGCAGCGUCCUCGUGGGGGCCUCCCCGCCGCAGCUCAUCGAGCGCUACACCGCCGUAGUGGGGCGCAUGCGGCGCCUGCCUGAUUGGGUCCACGCGGGGGCCAUUGUGGGCAUGCAGGGCGGCACUGAGCGCGUCCUGGGCGUGCUGCGCAGCCUGGCCGAGCUGGGGGUCCCGGUGGCCGCCGUCUGGCUGCAGGACUGGUGCGGCCAACGCAAGACCAGCUUCGGCAAGCAGCUGUGGUGGAACUGGGAGCUGGACACGGACCACUACGCCGGCUGGCAGGAGCAGCUGCGCCCGUAUGUCGAGGAGCACAACAUCCGCAUCAUGACCUACGUCAACCCGUACCUCGCAGACGUGUCUGCGAAGGCCAACGCGCGGCGGUCGCUGCUGGCGGAGGCGCUGUCUGCGGGGUACCUGGUGACGACGCGCGCGGGGGGGCCGUACUUCAUCGAGAACACCAGCUUCCACGCCGCCAUGGUGGACCUCACCAACCCGGCCGCCGCGGCCUGGCUCAAGGACGUCAUCAAAACCAUGCUGCACACCUGCGGCGCAGCAGGGUACAUGGCAGACUUCGGCGAGGCCCUCCCAUUUGACGCUUGCCUUCACAGCGGCGAGUCCCCCGACAGUGCCCACAACCUGUACCCCGAGCUGUGGGCGCGCCUCAACGCGGAGGUCUUCGAGGAGUACGCCGCAGAGCGUCAGGAGGGCCGCUGCGGGGCGCACGCCCCUCUCCGCCUGCCAGCCCAGCCUCCGCAAGAACCGGCAGGCGCAGGGGGCGCGGCGCUCCUCGAGGAGCGGGUGUUGCAGGCCGUUGCCGACGAGCUGGCCGCGGCUGGCGGCUCGGCUGGCGAGGCCGCCCUGGAGGCGGUGCCCGAAGGGGACGUGCCCCUGGCCGACUGUCUGGACCAGGCCCUGCCGGCCGCGCGCUCCGCACACAACCUGGAGGCCCUCGUGCUGCCCGACCCUGAAGCGGGAGAAGCGGAGGCAGGGAAGAGGUCGCCUGCGGGCGGAGAUCAGGAGUUGCCUCAGGACAGCUGCGCAGUGGCAGCGGACAAGGGCCGCAUCGAAACAGAUGCGUGCGGACAUGGCGGGGAGGAGGGCAGCGCGAAGCGUCUCGAGGCGGGGGCGGAAGAAGACGACGGAGUGUUCUUCAUGCGGGCGGGCUUCCGGGGCAGCCCGCGGCUGGCGCGCCUCUUCUGGCUGGGCGACCAGAUGGUGAGCUGGCAGCGUCACGAUGGCAUCAAGAGCGCAGUUACCGGCCUCCUCACGGGCGGCCUGGCGGGCUAUGCAUACAACCACUCCGACAUUGGCGGGUACACCACGGUGGUGCACCCGCUGAUCCGGUACCGGCGCAGCGAGGAGCUGCUGCUGCGCUGGAUGGAGCUCAACGCCUUCACCACCAUCUUCCGCACGCAUGAGGGCAACAUCCCGGGCGCCAACGUGCAGUUUUACUCGAGCCCGCGCACGCUGGCCCACUUCCGGCGGUGCGCGCUGCUGCACCAGGCGUGGGCGUUCUACCGGCGCCAGCUGGUGCGCGAGGCCGCGGACACGGGCCUGCCCGUGGUGCGCCACCUGUUCGUGCACUACCCCGCCGACCCCAAGGUGUGGCGGCUGACGUACGAGCAGUUCCUGGUGGGCACGGAGCUGCUGGUGGUGCCCGUGCUGGACCGCGCCGUUGCCGGCGUGGCCGUCUACCUCCCGGCCAGCGACGCGGGGGAGCGCUGGCGCCACGUCUGGACCGGCAGAGAAUGGGCCGUGCCGCCUGCGGGUACGGCGUUCCGGGUGGAGGCGGCGCUGGGCUACCCCGCCGUUUUUGUGAAGGCUGAGUCGAGCGUGGGGAGAGAGUUCGAGGAGAACUUGAGGGCGAUGCACCUGGUGUAGCUGGAUAUCAUGUGCAUAUGCACACGGGGAGGAGCGUUGGGGCCGAAAGUGAGGAGAGGAACAAAAGCAGCUGAGGAGGGAGCUUCUUGUCAGAAACUUUACUUAAACCAGAGUUGUGCCAAGAGCUGGAGGAGGUUGCUAGCCAUAGCCAUUAAAGGAUUUGUAUAGCUAGUCAGAGCUUUUACGGGAUUCCGCCCCGACUACCAGGUGAAUUGCAUUCAACAUAGCUCGAUUGAUUUUAAGGAGGACGGUUCGUUAAACGAUUGUCCUAUGGUUUAAGCAGCUUCGAGCGGAUGUAGACUUGUACUCAAUCGAGAUUGAAACUUAGUUGGGUUUAGAGCAAGAGCAUAGAGUGUUGAAAGAGGAUAGAAAAAUAGAAGCUGUAAGCUAGUUUUUAGGGAUUGUAACGUAGUUAGCUGCUUUAGCUUCCAAAAUCUGUACAUUGAGUUAGGCAAUUAGGGCCACGUUCGAGCACCACUGCACCGAUUUCGGUGUGCCAGUACCAUAUACGUUAGUGCAAUUAAAUAAUCACCUUGCUAGGUUGUACGGUAAGACUGUUUAAUCAACAAUUGUGGUUUGCGAACAUCUUCACUUACGAUUGGGUUAUGCUGCUCG